AUGAACGUUCAAAAGCGAAACGAUGUUACGAUUUACAAUCUUUCGUCAGGCCCAGCACUUCCAGAAUGGCUGGGCGAAAGAGCGAGAAGAAAUCUCGCAAAGCGUGAUGAUAUGAUUCGACGAAGAAUUGAAUUGAUUCAAGAUUUUCAAAUGCCAAGCUCGGCCAACAAAGUCGUCCAAAGUGGUGACGGGCGCUACGUGAUCGUCGGCGGCACUUAUCCACCGCGAAUCAGGUGUUUUGAUCUUCAUGAUUUGACGAUGAAGUUUGAGAGGUAUCUUGAUUCUCAGGUUAUGGAUAUCGUUAUGUUGGGGGAAGACUAUGGAAAAAUUGGUAUCUUAAUGGACGACAGGACGAUUGGCUUCCACGCCCAUUAUGGAAAACAUGAAGCAAUUCGAAUUCCAAAGUUUGGGCGAAGUAUGACGUAUGAGCCUACUACGUGUGAAUUGCUGGUUGCUGCGAGUGGUGAUCAAAUAUACAGACUGAAUUUGGAGGAAGGGCGAUUCACAGAACCAUGGGCUAUGGAUGUUGGAGUUUCGGCAGCCUGUAUAGCUGUGUCUCCUUCUCAGCCUUUGGCUUCUGUCGGAUGUGAUGAUGGUAUCGUUCGAUUUUGGGACAAUCGAUCACCAGACACUUUGCUCAAACCGUUCCUGAAAUUGGAUGUUCAAUCUGCCACAGCUGGCUACGGCUUUGCCGACGAAAACAGUCUCUUCCAUAAAAACCCAAAUGAAAUUUCCAGUAUCGCACAUGACUCUUCGGGUCUAUAUAUGGCUGCCGGUACUGCUGGGGGUCUAGUAGCGUUGUACGAUGUCCGCACAAGCAAGCCAUUGCAUGUGAUGGAACACAAACACGGUGCACCAAUCCACACCAUUAAAUUCCAUUCAGGAAGUGCUUGCAUCCUCAGCUCUGACGAGAAGCUUGUGAAGAUUUGGAAAUACAAAUCGUCCGGUGAAAUUGUUAGAACAUCGGCUGCCAUGCUAGAAGAUCAAAAUAAUGGUUCGUCUGUUGGUUCCGUCGUCGCCAAUGUCGAAGGCACAGGCAAGUUUGCCAACUUUAUCAUGGCUGGAGAUGAAAAGGAUCCUACCGGAGAAACCAGUGGCGUACUUCUGUGUGCAACCGACCAGCCUAAGCUCGAAACAUACUACAUUCCAAAAGUUGGAUUAGCACCAAAGUGGUGUUCCUUCCUCGAAAACAUCACCGAAGAGCUGGAAGAAAGAGACUUGAAACGAGACUCUGCCGCCGGAGGUGAUGUGCUGGUUCGAGAGGGUGAAGAAACUGUCUUUGAGAAUUACAAGUUUGUCAGUCGCGACGACUUGGAAAGCCUUGGAGUCUCAGACUUGGUCGGAACACCAAUGCUCAAGGCCUACAUGCACGGUUUCUUCAUGGACAUUAGCUUGUACAAUCGUAUCCGUGCUGUGGCCAAUCCAUUCGAGUACGAAGAUUACAGAAAGAAGAAACUAAAGGAACGACUGGACGCGAAACGUGCCAGCCGCAUCGCUCCAAAGGAAUCGAGGAAAAAGAAGACUGCAGUCAACACAGAAUUUGCCGAUCGGCUGCAAGACAAGGCAGGAGCAUCCAAAACCAAAGCUGCUAAACUUGCUGGACAAAUCUUGUCCGACAACCGUUUCGGAAAUAUGUUCACGAACCCAGACUACGAAAUUGAUGAAGAAGACGAGGACUUCAAGCUGCGCAACCCAAGUGGUGUUGCUGCCAAGAAGGGGACCAAGCGUGACGACAUGGAUAGUGACGAUGAUGAUAGUGACGCUGACAUGGCGGAUACUGGGGUCUUUCGUCGUGUCGAUGACGAACUUGACGACGACGAAGACAGCAAUGAUUCAGAUAGCGACGAUAGUGAUGAUGGAUUCCGAGGUGGCAAGGUUCGUGGUGAAGCAUAUGACCAGGUCAAAGCAAUGAACAAACAACUCAGACAGCAGAAGAAAGACCGAAAGAACAAGAACAAGAAGGUGAUUAUGUAUGAAGCUGAUGAUUUGGGUGAUGCCAACGAUGCAGCAGUCCACGCUGGCCUUGGGCAAAAGAGUGCGUCUAUGAAGGUUAAGGAGAAGAUUCGUAGAAUGAACAUGCCACUCGAUAAGCGCUUCAGAAUGGAAGAGGAGGAAGAAAAAUUAGUCAAGGUUGUAAAUAAAGGUGGCGCCAAGGAGAUCACUUAUAUUCCAAAGGAUUCCAAAGCCAAAAAGCGCGAGGAAAAACAAGAAGAAGAGAGCGACGAAGAGCCGUACUCGCGUUCCAAACGACAAAGAAGAAGUAUGAAGGGUCUUCGGUGA